CGCCUUCAAAUUUGCCGCUAAGUGCCGCGCGGAGGCAGCGCGUCUGCAGCGCUGCGGUCGCGCUGCUUUGUAAAUCCAUACAGAUAAAAAACGCGCGAUUGCAGCGCUGCGCUCGCGCUGCAAUCGCGCAUCAGUUCAUCGAUCGACUAGUGACGUUGCGCACGUGUCUAUAUGUUGUUCAAGUCUAAACAUGAACGAAAAUCAGAUUGAAGAAUUUAUCGAUGAAGUUGAAAGUCGUCCAGCGAUAUGGGAUUCGAGGUCCGACAAGUACAGCAAUAAAAUCGAAAAGAAAAAGGCUUGGGAAGAAAUAUGUAAUAAAUUUAUUGAAAAUUUUACAAACAAGACCGCAAGUGAAAAAAAUGAAGCAUCUAUACUACUGCAACGCAAAUGGAAAAACCUAAGGGAUUCUUAUAGUCGUGAACUUAAUAAGCAAAGAGCAUCAAAGAGUGGAUCAGCUGCCUCAUCACAUCGAAAAUAUCAACAUUUUGACCGACUUCAAUUUUUAUCGUGUUUGUCGGAGACCAGACCUAUUGAUAUUUCUACUCAGCCCUCGACAUCAAAAAAGAGGAAAGUUUCGGAGCAGCCGGUAGAAGAUGACACUAAUAAAAUUUUGAAAAUACUCAUUGAAAGAAUGCAAAAAAAAGAUGAAUCUAUUGAAAAUGAUGGCGAUCGGUGUUUUUUAUUAUCAUUAUUAAGUGAUUUUAAGAAAAUACCUGAACACUGCAAGACGGACGCAAAGUACGAAAUGAUCGGUCUGAUACGACGAUUUAUCAAUGAUAAUUUCGAAUAUUCUUAUCAACAACAUCAUGGCUACUUUACUUCUACGAAUCAAUCAAGCCAAAGCCCAGCCAAUGUGUCAAUACAAGAAUCACCAUCACAACUGACUGAUAUGUCGUCUAUUUAUGAGAAUUUGUUUUCAGAGAGUAAUGACAAUAUUUAAAAAUAGUAAUAAGAAAAAUGUGUAAUGUGAUUUACUUAAAAAAUAAAACAAUUAUUA